ACGAAUUUCACUCUUCCAAAAUUUUUCGAUUCCAAAAAUAAAACUAAAACAUCUAAUAAACUUUCCUUUCUGCACAUCUUUCGGCUAUAUACAAAAAUACAUACAACACUAUCCUUUUUCUUUUUUUCUUAAAAAUGAAUCCAGGAGGUGAUCGUGUUAAGCCAUCAAAGGCUGGUAGCCGACGAAGGACUCAAACUCAAAUCAAAGAACGAAAGGAAGUUGAGGAAAUUUUGGGAAUGAUCUAUAGCGAAUCAUCAGCGGCUGGACUUAGCGGUAAUUUAAUAUCGUCUGAAACACGUAUACUGGGCAGGCUUGAGACCGUUACCUUUCCCGGUCGUUAUGUGACCAGAGUUCUCACCGUUCGUCCAUUUGAAGUUACAAAGCGUUUCGUACGUCCGCAAAUAACAUUUAGUAAAGGAUCUGAGCCAAAUGCCGAUAGCGUCCUGAACAAACUGUUUAGCAUUACGAAUCUGGAAAACCUAUUGCUUCUGAUAACGCCAACAGAAGAACCAUCGGAAAAGCAUAUCGUGCAUGGCUUCGCAAUCGACGGAGAGCGCCAUCUAGGCGUCACGAGUCUGACCACCGACGAAAAGGAUCUACUAGUGUAUACCCAGAGACCAGACAACUACACAAUAGUCUUCUGCUCGAGCUACGUUACGCUGGAGGAUGCCUUCAAAAAGACGGAGAUUAGAAAUCGUGUCUUUGAGAUAACCAUAAGUCGGCCAACAAAGCCAAUCAUUGUGAACUAUGACGGAGAUGAGGUGUCCCUUUCCAUUCGUCUGUUUAAGCCCCGCAAGGAGCUUCCUCCACUCCCCAAGAAGAAGAAGAGCAGCAAAGCAGCACAGCGCUCACCACAGCUAUCAGUUGAUUUGGCUUCAGCUAGGGGACUCCGGCACAGACCGCGUUGCAGCUCAAUGCUGCAAAGUAAUGUCAUGGCGAAGAGUUUGGCAGCAAACCGCAUGCCACUGGUUGAGACACCGGACAUCGGGCCUUUGGGGCGACCAAAGCCCUCGAAAACGAUUAUCAAAGCCAACACCGAGAUGCAGCUUGGAAAGAACCGAGCGCUGUCCCAUUCAAGGACACAUAUUGAGAUGAGCCCCCCACAUCCCAAUCAAGCCCCACACAUCCCAAUCAUGCUGCACAAGAAAGGCAAGGCACGUACCCAGCUCCAGAUGUCAAGCGGCAGCCGCAAUGAGCCCAUGAUGUGUACUCACUCGGAAAUAAAUACCAGAAUGGACUACGGCCGGGGUCGAGCCAAUAUGGAAUUCAACUCGGGAGCCAGCGUGGACAGGAACAACGCUUGGCAGCGAAACUCUCCAGACGAUCUACGCUCAAAAAUCAUGUUGGACAAAUCGCCAGCUCGGAGCUGUACGGCUUCACCGCAGUUCUGCAACAAUGCUGACAAUAGACCAUUGAAUAAUAAAAACUAUUUGGCGAUGAGAAAUGAUCUCGGCGAGAGGCCGUCUGUGGGAAAGUGCAGCAGCUUGAUUAAUGUUACCAAGUCUCGCGAGGAGUUGGUCGGACGUAGUCAAUCCAAUUCAGCUAUGACGCGCCGAAACAGCGAAGAAAUUGUCAACUCGAGUAGGAAUGAUUCUAUAGAGAAUCGCACACAAUCGCUCGGUCCCAUCAAAGCCGGCAGCGACAAACUUAAGAAGCUUUUUAAGAACCGCACCUUUUCGACUCUUGUAUCGACCCGUCGUCGAAAUUCACCGGACACUUUUAAAAAUUGCAAUGCAAAAUAUCGCGACGAUGGCGAUAAGAAGCUAAAAGUUUUGAUGAAACCUCGAUCAAAGACGCCCCUAUUCCAGGACAGCAGCAUUUCGUCAUGUAGAUGCCUUCCCCAGGAGGAUUCCGUUACUGUAGUUUCACCGCCUCACAGCUCGGUGAUGAUGACCGAUAGUGGAAGCUCAAGCGGCAAGGCUCCAGGACCGACCCAGGCGCAUUCGCAUAUCUCCAUCACAAGUAGCGAUAUAGGGUUUAGGACCCCAACAGCAAUCACAUCGAAAGAGGUUAUUCGCGAACGCCAUUAUCCGUUGCCCAGUGGGGACGCGGCAUGGUCAAGUCCGACUAGUGGACGCAAUGACAUUGAAAGCUCGAUCUACAGCUCAUCGGGUAACUCGUCCAGUCGAACUGACAGCCCGAGGUUCGACGUGCGAAUUGAAGAUGACUACGACGAUAGCCUGAUGUCGCUGAGUAACCUGCAGAGGAACGAGGAUAGACACGGCAAUACGUUGCAUCAGGAGGAGCUGCGCAGCGUCGACGGUCUACCACCGCCAGCCCCAAGGAAAGUGGCUGAUCUGCCGCAGCCCCAGGCUGGCAAUGGCAAUGGCAAUGGCCCCACCGUGAGCGCACCCAAGCGCAGAAUAUUUAUGACUGAGAUCGAUAAGUCGAAGAUGUUGGAGCGUGAGCGCCUAUGGAAUUGCGCUAAUCCGAAACACCGAGCAGCGUUCAAUGAUAGCACCAAGCGUCCGAGAAUCGCCCGGCAUGUGUUGCAGAAGAAGCCAUCCACAGUGAACGAUAAUAUCAAGGUCCUGUAUAAUCCUCAUCCACUGCAGGAGUCCGAUGGCGACAUUUUUGAGAGCACCGAUGUAUCCACUCUGAACUUUGAAACAUCACAGUCCAUCGUCACUGCCAAGUCGUCGGAAUUCGAACGAGUCCUGGAACCGGUACAGGUGCCAGAACACUAUUCAGCACGUGCCCACGAGCACCUGAAGACCAAGCUGAGGCGCAUGACUGCCAAACAGGCAUUCGAGAACUUGGGCAAGCUGGUGCAGAAGAUCAAUUCCCGAUCCAUACCACAAAACCGACAGCUGUUGCGUUUCUUUCGCCUCGCUGCACUGCUGGAGAUCAAGAUGUUCGUUCGAUUGGAGACCUACUGGGGAAUGCCCCCAACCAUCGAUCCGCGCUGUCGCCUCGAUUGCUACAUGUUCGACGAUCGCAAUGAGUUCGUUCUGUCGAUGGGACUGCUCUGCAAGCAGCUCAACAUAUUUUGCGAACUAUUUCCGACCGUCAAGGAAAACAUACGCUACGUAGAUAAUGCUCUGCAGCUGACCAUGAUGCCGAGGGGAUUAACCGAUUUCCUCCAAACACUAAUGACCACAUUGGGUGCCGAGAAGAUCUUCAAGCUCUUGGCCGAGAUGAUAUACGAGAUGAUGCAGCCGAAAGCAACGCUUCUCGCUUUGGCACACGCAAACCAAACCAAAAUUAACGAAUCUGACCAAACCGAUCAAGAACUAGUAGAUCCCGAGCGCAACUCUAUAUUAGAAACGGAAGAUGCUCUGCAAAAGCUCAACACCGAGUUAGACACAGUCGCUUUGGACUGACCUCAUGUCAAAAAGCAGAUUAUUUACAAAUUUGAAUAUCUGGCCAAUGUCUAUCCAAAUCGCAUCCAGUUUAGUUUCGGAAAUUUUACUACAUCCUUACACGCCUGACGCGACCCAGCUAACAUUUAUUCCGACGGCAGUCCAAUUUGCUGUCCCUUUAAAGUCGAUACCAUUCACGAGAUGCACAUAAGAAAUGGAUUACGUAAUUACGUAAAUAACUUUGAGGGAACAGCAGGAUACGCUACCGGUGGAUUGGAAUAACCGAAUUGGUCUAUGUACUCAAUAACAUAUAUACAUCUGCUAUAUAUGUCCAUACUAUGACCCUCAACUUCCAGUCCACUGUGUCCACAUAUACGAGACUGUCGCCGAUACAAAGUGGAUCAUUAUCUAACUGUUUAUCACGCGAAAAACAGAUAUGCCUACAUCAAGACCACUUGAAUCAAAUGUUAAGCUGCUGGGAUCACAACUUUUAAU